AUGACGGCAUUGUCGCUUGCACUGGGCAUUCAUGACCAGGCCACAACAAAGUUUGGCUCCAAGGAUUUCUGCGAUGCGGUUGAAGCUGAGGCAGCCGCAGCCAACGCUCAUCAGUACCGAAUGUUUCUGUUGGCCAUGGAGACCCUGCUGCAGAGGCAAUGGGAACACUACUGCUUUCAUGGCGGCAACCAUAUUACCAAAUCACAGCAGCUGGAGGAAAAGCGGCUUUGCCGGUAUUUUUCGGUUCACUGCAUGAAUAUGGAGGGACGUGGUUGCCGUGACGAGAGAAAGCACAGAAAGUUGUUUGGCAGCGGUGCAGCGGGCCCACUAAUUGACUUCAUUUACCGACUCAUUUGUCACUCCCACUGUAGCAUUGAGUGCUAUCCGAUUACACUUGCUCUCACGGGUCGUUUUUUUGUGGAAAUGAGAAAGGAGUCCGUAGCGACGGAGUACGAGGCAGCGGUGGAUCACUUGCCGUGUGUAUUCGCUGUGUUGUUGUUAAUCACAGCGAAGUAUCGUGACGACAAUUUUCGAAGCAAUCGUUACUUUAGUCAGCUGGCGGAGCUUUCUCUGAUGGAGUGGAACGCUCUAGAGCGGCUUGUUAUCCGUGUGUUACGAUUCAAUGUCAACGUGCCCUUUUAUGAAUACGUUGCAUAUGAAAAGCUGCUUCUCAAAGAAAUGAUGCGACAGGAGGAGAAAAAGUGCGGUUUCCCUUCCAUUGACCAGAGCCCCCGUUCUGAGAAGAUGGAAAGCUUGAUGCACCUUGACAGUAAAAAUGAUAUGUCAAUGCUGUUCUUCGAUCACGUUGAAAUGGCAAUGAAGGACAACGCCAGUUUUCAUUCAUGUGGUGUGACCGCUUCUUCGCCGUCACUGCGUUCUCAGUGCCCUUUAAUGUCGGUUGAGGACUCACCAGUGUCGUGGCGGCAAGGCGUGUAG